AUGUACCUUCUAUUUUACUUUGCUGAGUCCCCCUUUUUUGACCCUACAUCUAACAAUGCCUCUCUUGCUCUCCAAGCCAUGCAUAAUGAGAACCUUCGGCCUUUCGUGGAGACCCGCGAAGCGUUUGAAGCGCGGCUCAAAACAAUGCAAGGACUUGAGUUUAUGGUCGCGCGUGACCCACUGCUGGAAUCAGCUGCUGCAAAUGCUAGUGCUACAGUUCGAGGUGAACAACCCAAAGAGCCAUCAAAUGUCUGGGUAAUCAGGAAACAGAUGAGGCGAAAGGCAGUUGGAAAGGGAGGCCAAGAUGAUGUGCAGAUAUUGGCAACAUUUUUUGCUGUUGGAGAGUCUGUGUUUAUGGCACCGUCAGUGUGGAGUGUGGUGGGAAGGCGGGUGCUCUCAUCUGUUACUUCAUUGUCAAAGGUUCUCUCAUCCGCUUCUCCGUUACUCUCAUUUUCUCCAUCCUACGGACAUAGCUACUUUUCAUAUACCCCUAAACCCCUCGAAUUUCCACAGUCCGCCCAACGAAACCAAGAAACAACGCCUUUGCCUGACCCCCAAUCUGCCACAAAAGAUGGGCUCACAGCCAAAUUCUCAUCAUCAACUUCGACAUCUAGAAUAAAUUCACCAGAAUUACAAGAUACUCGAAAUUUUGCAGAAAUGCUGAGUCUAUUUACUCGUUAUGGAGACGAAUAUAUGGAUGAUUCGACUUUAAUCGGCGAACCUGGGUCUUUCAUUUUUACGAAAACCGCAGCUCCAGCACAAAAGCUAGCUAGCGGGAUAAAUGUGCCUGAAGUAAAGCAAAAUAUUAAGCCAGGGGCAGGUAUACCUCAGCUCGGAGUAGUGAAGCCAGAUACAAUAGUAGCCGGGCCUGUAAAUCUUCAACCAGAAGCCACAAGGAGCACGGAUGAAAGAAGUGCUGAUAAGGUUCCGUUGUCAUUAAAGGAUAAAGUCAAGAAGAAAAAAGCAUAA